CCGGACUGCAGACGAACGAGCACGCAGAGCAGAGGCGCAUGCGCAGGCAAUGCAAGCAGAUCUGACCAAGGAACGUGAUGUCAAUAUUGAGCUUGAAAAGGCCAAGCUUACACUUGAAAAGACUCUCAAAGAAGUAAACUCUCGUCUAUUUGAUUUAGAAACAGUUGCUCUCUCUCGAGAUUCUACCACUGCACGUCGACUGGAUGCACGCGUAGAUGAACUGUCAGCUCAACUGGAUACAGAGCAGCGCGAAAAAAGCGAAGCGGUCAAAAACUCUCGCAAAGCAGAGCGUAUUGUUCGAGAGCUUCAGUUCCAACUGGCUGAAAAGGACAAGCAAAAGGCCAGAUCAGAUGAAGAAUGCGAGAAGCUUGAGCAGAAACUCAAGAAAAUGCGUACUCAGAUUGAGGAACUGGAGACUUCCGAGAGCAAUUUACAACUGGCUAAGCGCCGUGCCGAAAGAGAAGCUGCUGAUUUUCGCGAACGCUCUAUCAAAUUCGAAAAGGAAGUAGAGAAAAUAAAGGGAAAGAUUGAUCGCUCAUCUCAUGGUCUGGAUAUUGGACAAAGACUGCAAAGCUAGUUUGGCUAAGCAGAUGGAUGCGACAAUUUUAGUAGCUCUUCUUUUUUAUGCCGUAGCAACUGACGCUCUUCUAGUAGUUUGAUUAUUUUGGAUUCCUAUUUUGUUUAAAUGAACGAAAUUUAACAG